AUGACGUGGCUACGCUCGACGCUGGUGUUGGUGGUGCUGGGGAUGGCGGCCGCGCAGAUGCCCGGCCUCGGACCCUGCCCGCAGUUCGUCGCCAAGAACAACUUCAACAUGAAGGAGUUCAUGGGCAUGUGGUACGAGGUGGAGCGCAUGUUCCAAGUGCUGGAAGUGGCCAGCCGCUGCAUCGCAGCCAACUACACCGAGAGCCCCGACGGAAAGAUCCACGUGCACAACUUCGUCACCAGCCGCCUAACUAACAUUCAGCGCGUUCUGGACGGCGAGGUCCAGCUGACCGGAAAGGACGGCGAAGGCAAAGUCGUCGUUAAGUACAACGUCAUCCCAGUAACGACCUACGACACGGAAUACACUGUCCUGGAUACUGACUACAAGAACUUCGCCGUCUUGUACCACUGCUCCAGUCCGCUGCCGUUCUUCAACACACGUAAGAAAAUAAGUAUUUCUCGUGCACCAGUCUGUUAG